GUUCUGGACACAAGUACUGGUGAAAGCGAAGUAGUUGGUUCUUGGGCCGGUGGACGUAUUCGUCAUGCAUGGAUUUCCCCUAAUGGUGGUAAAAUAGCUGUUGCAUAUGAUGGGGAUAUCAUAAGUAUUUACGAUCGUCAUUCAUGGCAUGAAGAACGAUGGAAAAAAUUGAAAGGUCUUUGUGUGGCAGCAGUUUGGACUCCGUUAAAUGAUGUGUUCUUUUUUGCAACAAAUAAUGAGCCCUUUAUUCGUGGUAUUCAUUUUGUUAAAAAACUACAAAAUAUGGAGAAUGAUCAAUUAUCAUAUGGAUCCGAAAUUGCUGUUCCUGUGUAUGAUCUUUCGGAAAUAAUACUAGAACAUAUAGAUAAUGGCAGAGAUAAGAGUAGUAAUGAUAACAGAGCAUGCAAGGUCAAUGGAUUUAUUCGUGAUAUGAAAAUUUCUCCUGAUGGACAACGUAUCGCUGUUACUUUCAUUGGAAAUCCGACUAUUAUUGCCCUAUUUGUAGUUGAAACGAUGCCAUCAUUCUUUUUUGCUCCUUGUGGAUUGAUAAAUGGUGCAGCAAAUUUUGGAUCAGCAACCAUUUUAUCGUUUUUCCCAAAAUUCCAGUAUGGCUCAUUGCUAAUUGUUAUUUGGUCUGCUGGAAAGAUGCAGUAUAUUCCGCUAUUGUAUGGUUAUCUAGCCAAUGAAGGACUUCAUUUAAAUCGAAUCAAGAAAAAGAAAUUACUGGAUAAAAUGUCAACAGAUCAAUUGCUGAUUCAAGAAUCACAGUUAUCUGGAAGGAUAAAUUCAAGGAAUUAUGGUCAAAUACAGGAAACAAUGAUAAGUAGUAGUUGUAGUCAGAGCCGAGAGAAUUCUAAUAAAAAUUCAGCGGCAACAUCAAAUGUGAAUGUGGAGCUAUUCUCUUCAAUGGGAUUAUACGAUUUAUUAACCCAGAAAAGUGCUCAAAAAGAAGACUGA